UACAUGGACGACUCCUUUUCAUAUGAGCUUGCUUCUCAGAAGCUAUACUAUCCCCCAUGUCAAUGCUCCUUCCCUGAAAAGCAAACUUGCUUGCUUCAAUUGUGGGACGAAAUUGGUCUCCUGCACGAAAAACCAAAGCAGCUGUCCGGCUCACGUCUUACCGUGAUCGGGUUUGAUGUUGACCCUAAUGCUAUGUCAGCGACUCUUCCUGACCACAAAAAGACUGAACUAGUUGCACAUUUGCGUAACUUCGCAGGAAAAGGGUACCGUUGGUCCCUCCAAGAAUUUCAACAGCUCGCUGGCUGGUGUGAGUGGAGUUUUAACAUGUUCCCUUUGCUCAAGCCGGGACUGUCAGCUGUAUAUGAGAAAAUCCGUGGAAAAACGCAGCCAUCUGCGCGCCUUCACGUCAAUAAUACUGUGAUUCACGAACUUCGUUGGAUGGCGGACCACGUGGACCGUUCACCUGGACUGCUCUUUUACAAAUCCCUC